AUGUUUUGGAAAGUAGCGGGCUACUCGCAGCCCUCUCCUCUGGAGGCCAUCCUUGACAUGGAUGGGUUCAGCCUGGAGGAUGUGCUGGACGAGGCAGACCUGAUACAGGAGUGCAAAAGCCUAAAUGGGCGGCUGGUCAACUUUCUGAAGGACCCCUCCACAGUCCGGUCCCUGCUGAGCUACCUCGUGGACAUGCCUGGCCCAGGUGCGGAUGAGAAGCAGCACUUCAAGUACGCCUUCACGUCGUGCGAAGUGCUCUGCUGCGAGGUGGACCAGAUAUACAGCGCCUUGCUGGACGAGGAGGAGCUCGUGGCCAAGCUCUUCUCCUUCCUGGACGCCCCCCGGCCACUAAAUCUGACCAAGGCGGGGUACUUUGCGCGCGUAGUGCUGUGCCUGCUCAUCAAGCGCGCGUCGGAAGUGCUGAGCUUUCUGGAGGCGCACCCGGCCAUCAUCGAGCGGCUCGUGGAGCACAUCGACACUACCUCCAUUGCCGAGGUGCUUUGCUCGACGAUGGGCGCGGACGACCGAACGAACAGCGGCAUGAGCGCCGCGCAGCUGACGUGGCUGGCCGACACGCGGCUCAUGCCCGAGCUGCUUGCGCGGCUGGCGCCCGAGGCCGGCUUGGAUGCGCAGAAGAAUGCAGCCAGCGUGCUCGUCGCCAUAGCGCGCACACCGCUGGCCGCGCCGCUCGCGCAGUCCUUCCUCGCGCCGCACUUCCUGCAGAAGCUUCUCGACUGCGCCUUCGUGCCCUUUAUUGCGCGCAUUGUGCAGGUGCUGGACGUAUUGAUAGCCUUGCUCAAGCCAAGGCUGGCCACUGAGAGGUGGACUAGGCAGGACGGCACGCAGCACGUGGAUGCCUCGCAAGAGCUGGACUCCAGCAUCAAGCAGGGCAUGGUGAAGCAGCUGCCGAGGCUGGUGGGGCUGCUGGAAGGGGGACUGGGGGGAGAGGAGGGAACGGCGCAGGAGACGCCGUUUGGCCGGCUGGCACCGCCGCUGGGCAGCGCGCGGCUGAAAGCGGUGGAGGCGAUCUACGCGCUGCUGGCCAUGGGCGACCCGGCAGCUGAGGAGGGAGUCAUGGAGUCCGGCGUGGCCAUCCGCUGCCUUGAUCUGUUCACGCAGUUCCCCUUCAAUAACCUGCUCCACCACAGGGUGGCGGGGCUCAUAGUGACGGCGCUGGAGAGGGGGAGUGACCGGCUGCUGCAGCAUCUCAUAGGCCCUGGGCAGCUCAUACACUGGCUCACUAGCGCCCCCGAGCACCGGGGGGACCUGCGGGCAGGCUACAUAGGGCACUUGACGGCGCUGGGGAAUAAACUGGGGGAGCUGGCGGGGCAACGAGAGCUGAUAGCAUCGGCGCUGGCGGGCAGCACGGAGUGGUCGAUCUGGCUCCAGAAGGUUCUGCAGCCGCGCAACGAGCGUGAAAACGUGCACCGGUGGGCGUGCGGCCGCCCUUCGCAGCAGGACCUCGUGCAGCGGGGCAACUCGGCCGAUGACUCCAUGCUGGAGGAUCUGGAAGGCUUGCCGGGGGACGUUGCUGGGGGCCGCGCGGUGCACUCGCACCGAUACGCCGGCUUUGACAACGGCGACGAGGACAGUGAUGACGAUGAUGACCUCGGCAGAGCCUUUGAGUCGGUGAGUCACCCCGUUGCUUGA